AUGCUGGAGGAUGCUGGAGGAGCCCUGGCGGGCUGUGCCGGCAGCACAGCAGCAGCCUGCCGGCUCGGGGCUGGCGGCGAUGCUGGACACAUGGGCUGCUGCUUGGGGGCCCCUUGGCACCAGGACCUGUCCCUGGGGUGCACAGGAGAAGAGUGUGAGUCCUGCUGCCCCCGCUCGCCCCUGCUCCUGCCCCGCUGGGACCGCCUGCAGCGAGCCGCCGCCGAGCGCCGGGGACCAUGGUGGCGAGGGACGACCAUGGCAUCAGGUAGGGCUGGGGCACCAGAGCCAAAUGGCGCAGCUACCGAGGCAGCAGAAGGCUUGCCGGACACCUCCUCGGUGCUGCUGGCCGUCGGGGAGAGCUUCCUCCCAGAGAUUUCACUCUUCUUCUCCGUUGAGAGCCGCUCCUCCCGGUGCCUCAAUUCCCAGCUGCAGGAAGCCGCCAGGAAGAAGCUGUGGGCCCUGGAGAGCGACGACAGAGCCGUCCAUGCCCUCUUCAAGGAGCUGUCAGCCAGGCUGGUCUGUGUGCAAGCACAGGAGGAUCGGUUCCUGCUCACCUUCAAAACCCUGGAGGAAGUCUGGAAGUUCUCCACGUACCUAACUUUAGGCUAUGUGGGCAACUGCUUGGAGCAGCUUCUCUUUGGCCAGGAGUACUGGCUAAACUGUGCUCUGAUGGAGGACACGGCGAUCAGAGUUAGCAUGGAUGAAGAUCGCUUGGCCACCAUCUACCUGGGUCUGCUGCUCCAGGAAGGUAACUUUUUUUCCAGAGCAGUGCCUGGUGUCUGCCAGCCUGAGGAGGAGGGAGAGGAAGGCCUGCGGCUCCACAGGAACGAGCUGAUCCACGUGAAGAACGUUGGAGAGGAGUCCAUGUGGGAAGGGAUGUCCUUGCUGACGGGGCAACGGGGGCUGGUGCCUGUGGCAGCUCUAGAGCCCGUUCCUCACCCGUUUUACCAGUGGUUCCUGAAGAAUUAUGCCGUGAGUUUUGGCAUCUCCCAGGAGAUCAAUGGGGCAACCUCUCAGCCGAUCGUGAAAGGCAGGUGCACAGCCACAGAGGACUACAAAGGAGCAGCAUGGGAUGAACUGAGUUUCUCCAAGGGAGACAGCAUAGAAAUCAUCGGCUUCCUCAUUCCAGGACUCCCGUGGUUCGUGGGCAAAUCCCUGAGCAGCGGGAACAUCGGCUUUGUCCCGACACGAUGCAUAAAUGUCACGGCUUGUGAACCCUUGGGAAAGGGCUUGGUGUUUCUGAGCGAAGAGGAAAAAUCCCCCCUCCUGCGCAUCCCCUGCAAUGGUGGCGAGCAGCACUUCGCCACCCUCCUGGGUGAGCUGGCACGCACAGACAUCACCUCUGUGUACCGGCUGGAUGGUUUUGAACCCACAGCCAUGUUCCCCAGACUGCCGUCGGAGGCUGUUCUCCAUGGCGGUAAGGAUAUCCAGCUGCUCCAGUCCUGGGAGGAAAUAAAUGGCCUGGCUACGGCUAGCACCUCCGAGCAGUCUAGCCCCGGGAGUGAAUCAGCCCCUGCUACAUUGGAAGAUGUUCUCCUGGACAAGCUGGAUGACUUUGAUGAUCCCAAGUUCUUUAUUGACCUGAAUGCUGGACACAUGGAAGAUGCUGAUGUCUUUGACCCCAUACUGACCUUCCUUAACCAUGAGAGUUAUGUGCCCAGUUUUCAAAGCCUCUACGAUAUGAGUUUUUCCUUUCUCAACUCCACUUUUUAUGGUUUCUCUGAUGAGGAUGAACUGGUCUUGUACCUUGAAACAUCCAGGAACUGGGCUAAGAGGAUUCGUGCCAUUUGGGCUCAUGUAAGGCUCUGUUUCCUCUUAGGCAAGCUCUGCAUCAGAAAGGUCAAGUUCUCCCAGGCUCGGGUCUAUUUUGAGGAAGCCCUGAGCACCCUGGACAGGGGCUUUGGGGACCUGCCCCUUCUGGCUGCCUUGCACGUGAACCUCGCUUCCAUCUACCUGAAACAGAACAUGAAGAGCAAGUUCUCCUCGUUGCUGGGCAAAAUGGUGACCUUGCUCGUCUGCUUGCCUGGCCGCCCUUUUAGCUCUGAGAACGAGCUGGAAGUCAUGGUGUACGUGCUGAGGGAAGCCAUUGCCGUGGGCAAUGCUCCCCUGGAGGCGCGGGUCUGUUUCCUUAUUGUCAAGCUCUUCCUACAGCUGGGAAAAACCGAUGAAGUGCUGCCCUUUACUGAGCAUCUUCAGUGUCUCACCACCAUGUUACUCAGCCCAGACACUGGUGCUGUGCCUCUGGAUGUCACCCCCAUCUUGAGCUACCUGUAUGACAAGAAGUACUUGCCAAACAUUGCGCUGGCUUCCGCCAGGCUCUUUGUUCCCAGCGGCAUCAGGGGGGCACCAACGCCCAUUUGGAGAGCUGGCUUCAUCCUCCAGUGUACGUCCAAGCUCCUGGGAAGCCAACCGGAGAGGAGCAGCAUCCCGGCGCUGGCUUGUUUCUACCUCCAGCAGGCCCUGCAUUUCUCCUGCGAGAGCAGGGCCAUGCCCACCCAGAGGACGCUGUGCACCAUCUUGUCCCGGCUGCACCUCCAGCACGGCCUGCUGCACGGGGCGCUCCGCCACGCCGCCAGGGCCGUGGCCUUCAGCAAGCUGAUGGGCGAGGAGGAGGCCUUUGAGUCUUCCCUCUCCCUGGGGUGGAUGUAUCUCCUGAACAGCCAGCCGGGCCCAGCCGCAGAGAUCAUGGGGCAGCUCCUGCGGUCCCUGCAUGGGACGGACAGCGUGACACAGGGGGGGGCUGUGCACAACCUCCUGGCCAUUGCCCUCAAAGGGGAAGGGCGGGUGCAGAAGGCUGCGGAGAACUACCUCCGGGCCCUGCAGAAGGCCAAGGAGACCGGCAACAAGAGGAACCAGGCCAUCGCCCUGGCCAACCUGGGGCAGCUGAGCCUCUCGCAUGGAGCGAGCCAGCUGUCUGAGCUCUACCUGCUGCAAUCUGCUCGGCUCUAUGCUGAGCUGCAGGGCUGCCAAGACCCGGAGCUGGAGGCGGUGCAGGUGCUGCUGUGGCUGGCGCAGGCCAUGGUGAACAGGCAGAGGGUGGAAGAUGGCAAGCUCUGCUAUGAACUGGCGCUGGGUUUUGCCCUGAAGUGGCGUAACGUGAGGAGUCAGCUUCAUGUCACGGAGGCUCUCUGCCAUUUCUACAGCAAGGUGUCCCCCAACCUCCAGGCCUGCAUCACCUACCACGAGCACUGGGUGUCUCUGGCCCAGCAGCUCCAGGACAGAGAGAUGGAAGGCAAUGUUCGGCAGACCCUCAGCCAGCUCUACCAGGCUUUGGACACCUCCGAGGCUUUGAGACGGUCUCUGGACUGCACCAAGCAGAGCCUAAGGAUCUUCAUCGACCUGGAGGAGACUGGCAAGGCGGCAGAGGCCUGGCUGCAGGCAGGAAGGCUUUACUACCUUAUGCAGGAAGACGAGCUGGUGGAAAUGUACUUCCAGGCAGCCAUUCAGACAGCUCUGAAGUCUGAGAACUUCUCCUUGGCCAUGGAGCUUUACGAAAAAGCAGGCGAUACCUUUUUUAAUGGCAGCCGAAACAGAGACCGAGCAGUGGAGUUUUACAGGGGCGGUGCUGUGCCCUUGGCCAGGAAGCUAAAGGCCAUACAGACAGAGCUACGGCUGUUCAAUAAGCUGGCGGAGCUGCAGAUUGGGCUGCAAGGCUACGAGAAGGCGCUGGAGUUUGCCACGCUGGCAGCCCGGCUGAGCAUCAGGGCGGGAGAUCAGUUGCAAGAGCUGGUUGCAUUCCACCGCCUGGCUACAGCCUACUAUUUUCUGCAGAUGUAUGAGAUGGCAGAAGACUGCUACCUGAAGACGCUCGCCCUGCGCUCCCCCAUGCUGCAGUGCUCUGGAGAGGCCCUGUACUACUCCAAGGUGUAUUGCCACCUUGGCAAGCUGACCCUGCACAAACUAAAGGACGAACAGGAUGCAGCAGCCUACUUCCUCCUGGCCCUCGCUGCAGCGACCGAGCUGGGAGACCAGGAGCUACAAGGCCUCAUUAAUGCCAAGCUGGCCGACAUCUCCAGGGCCACGCUGGGGCCUGUGGGCACGCUGGGCUGUGCCACGUACCGGCCCCGGUGGCUGAGCGAAGGCGGCUACGUCGUCUGACCCAUCCAUUGCCGUGGGGACGUGCCUGCGAACAGCUUCUUGCCUCGCAUGGGUCCACGUGCUCUCCAGAAGCAGCAUCCCACAAGGGGUCCAGCUACCGAUGGCAAUUUAUCUCCGUGCCCCCAGCAGACAAGGGACCUGGGACCCUCGUUUCUUGGGAGCGGGGCUGUGCGCUGCGGCGCUGCCGGCAGAACGAGGCAGGAUGGGGCCAGGUGCUGGAGCACAGUGCAACGGGGCGAGAGGCAAGCAGCACUCCGGGAGUGUGGCUGUGCGGGAUGGGGACAGGGACAUGGAUGGGGAAGGGGACAGGGGACAGGGACAGGGAUGGGGACAGGGACAGGGUGCCACCCGUCCCCACCUGGACCCCACCGGACACCUCAACCGGCGAGGGGACACCUCCGACCCGAGCGCGUUUUAACUCGAAUAGCAACUCUAUUUAUUCC